AUGCCCACUGACGUAAGGGCCGUUGCCCUCAGUUCACAAAGCAUUCAGGUGACAUGGAAGCGUCCUAAUUACACCUUGCCAGAUGAAGAUGGCUACAAACUGGAGAUAGUGGGCGAGGACUUCAGCGAUGCCGUCUUAGUUGGGACAGAUGUGUUUUCACACACAUUCUCCGGGUUGCAACCAUUCACGGAGUACACCAUUUACGUGCAGCUUAAAGACAGAAUUCCAGAGGUUCUUCGACCAAAGGGACAAAUUUCAAUGAGCACGUGGCCAGCAGGUAAGUCGCUUUUUGUCAACAGUGAGUUCCUGCUUUUAAAGACAAUGAAACACAGAACACUCUCCUUUGCAAGUUCUGAAUGUGCACAGCAAUUAAAGAAAGUAUGA